AUCAUAAUGACAGUGUGGAUUUUAUUUAUUAGAGCUGUCGUACCCCAUGUCAUGUGCUGCGGUUCCCCACGGGGAUCCACGGCGGUGCGGAGGUCGUUCCACCGACUCUCUGUCCCCUCCCAUCGGCGUCCCCUGCCGCCGUGCGCGGCCACACCUGCAUUAAACGGGGAAAGUCCGUCCGGUGGAGAGGCAGAGAGACUGAAGGGCUACAGAGAGAGCGGAGGCAGGAAGCAGAGCACCUUCAGCAGCUCCCAUCGUGUUACUCUGGACACUUUGAUCCGAAAAGGGGUGAAAGAAUGAAGGCAUGAAGGCACUGUUUGGUGGUGUAAAGACUUUGUAACCGUGGACACAGCCUGGGAAUUAGGAGAAGAGGCUAAAUAGACCGACACGAUACGGAACAGAAGAGCCCCGUCUGAGCAGCUGAGCGCACAGGUUUUCCCUUGUGAUCCCUGACAGAGCGAGGACAGUGACACUGACUCGGCCAUUGUUUCCUCUGUGUUUCCAGACAGAGUGAGGCUCCCUGGGUGCCUCUGCUGUCCAUUGUGACUGUAAGAGAAGAAAGAAAUAUCCAUCUAGUCUGCAUAAAAACCUAUUCAGCAUCAUUUCUCUUUGUCAGCCACACUUGCAAACCCAAGAACAGCAAUGAAGUCUCAGCACCAUCCCUAGCCCAGAGUCUAUUCCUCCAUCCUCAGCUCCUCUCUCCUCUAACCACCUUAUCCCUAUCCCAUUCCCUCUCCCCAUCUCCAGCUUCAGCCCUCUGCCCCGUUCCCAGAUGACAGCUCAGAAACAUCCGUUACCGUCCCACUCCACACGAGCUUUCUUUCCUCUCCUUCCAGCCCCCGUAGCGCUUGGCACCGGUGCCCAUCACAUAGACAGAUGGAGCCAACCCUGACCCCUCUCCUCGCCUGUGGGGACGCCGAGAGAAUCAACGCCUGACUAGAGGAAGGGGUGCGUGUGUGUAUGAGCAGGGGUGAGACAGGAAGGAGAGCGGAGGAGAGUAUUGCUUUGUCACCACAGCAACACAUCGUCUUGUCCCCUGUGGACUCCCCUUCAGCCCAACCGAAGGCUCUUGGAUUAAAACGGGCACAGCGGGGAAUUCAGCAGCAGGACCUGAAGGGCCUCGUUUUUUCCUCCCCUAAAUUGUGCCUGACACAAGAUGACACAUCUAAAUAUGCUGAAGGAAAGUGUUGGCAAAGUUGUUCUGAACACCGCGAAUGUUUCCUUGUAAGCCUCACGCUUUCUUUUCCCUCUUGGCCUCUGUGAUCAAAAUUAAUUACAGAAAGAACAGCUGCAAUUGGCUGGCAAAAGUAUUGCCAUUUUUACUUGCAAAUCAAUAUGCGGGAGGGAUUUUUUUACAAUAAGAGACACUUUCAUUGUGUUUUUCAAACCUGAAGAAGACGAUUUUGCCUGACACCAAAAAGAAAUACAUGUGGGACUCUAGUCAGAGCUUCUUUGGGUGUGCAUGUAUACCAAGCUCUAACAUCCUGCAUUAAACCUCUGCUAACUGGUCCAACAUCUGCUUCAUGUGAAGGCAUUUGCGGUUUCAUUUACCUGACUAAAAAGCCCACCUGAGUCCCUGCAGUUUUUACAAGAAGCAAGAUUCUCCACUCUCACUGGAUGUUGUUCAAACUGACUCCGAUAUCUGGCAUUCUGAUUAGCAUGUAAUGCCAGACAACCGAUUUUAAAAAGAUCACGAAUCAACAAUAAAAUGGGACACUAAUGGCCAGUGAAAUGAAUUCAGCGGGAUGACAUAACAGAGGGGGGAAUACCGGAGUCCCAAAGCUUCCCAGGUGACUGCUGCCAUCCUGCAAAACCAGACAUUCAGUGGAUGUUUGGGUUCUUUGCAUUGGAUGUUGAAGCUGUAAGGAAGAUUCACUCAGUGUGAGCUAUAAUCAUUCACACGGCACCAAGAGAACUAAACUGAUGUUGUGGAACUUUGCUAUCUAGGCCACGGAGGAUGAAACUACAAUACACUGAGUUCAGUCAAGUGUUUUAGUAUAUUUGGUGCUUUACAUUCAUUUCCUCUUUAUAUUUGCCAGCAACUCAAGCCACCUUUUUAGAUUUUCAGGAUAAACUUCUUGAACUUUCUGCUGGUCCUGGCUCCUGACUUGUGGUAACUCUUGGUGAAUAAAAUAAGGAUUAUCACGUGGAUUCUGUCUUUUCUGUGGUGGUGGCGCCCUUAUUCAGAAGAGUGGAAGUGUCAUCAGGAUGCCUGAAUUGGACAACUUUGCCCCCCUGAGGGGUCCCAGAGGCCCUGAGCUUGGCCUAAAUGGUCCAGCAGACCCACAGCGGAUUCAACACAGCAUCCUGGAGGAGCAAGUGGAACUAUGGUGGUUCAGAGAUCCUGGGAAGUCCUUGCUCUGCUACUGCGUGGCUGUACUUUUAAUCCUGGGCUGUGGGUUGGGUGGUGUCGGUCUUCUAUCCACCACCACCAGCGUCUCAAGUGAAUGGCGGCUCGGGGCAGGCACGGCCCUCUGCCUGCUAGCCUUGGGAGUCCUGCUCAAGCAACUGCUGAGCUCGGCUGUGCAGGACAUGAAUUGCAUUAGGAGCCGACAGCGGAUUGACAUGCUGAAAAGUGGUGGUUUAUCGGAUCUCCUUGUGGUUUUGAUUACUGGGCUGUCAUUGCUGAUUUGUGGAGGGGUUCUACUACAUCUAGCCCUGGCUAACCACAUGCCAAAGCCUGGCCAAGCCCUUAAUGACAUGUACAUCUCUGGAGUGGUUUUGCUUGCUGGAGGGGGGGCAGCGGUUGUGGGCGUUGGGAUAUACUCUGUUGUGGUUGUCCUGCUUGAAAGGACAAGGCAUGGACGAAGAUUGGUGGACCAGGUUUUGAAUAUCUUCACUGUUUCUGGACACAUGGACCGUCAGGGUCGCAGAGAGACGACCUCCAGUCUGGCUAAUCUCAUUUGAGAUUGAACCACACUCUGUAAAUUGGCUCCUUGUUCUUCGUGUCAGAACAGUUUGCCUCAACUAAAUUAGAGAAGGCUUUAUACCCAAAUAUUAGAAGAAAUCUGAUUAAAAUCAAAUUCAUCAUUUAAAAGCUUCAGCUUUGUCAUUAGCUGAUUGGACUGUGUAUGAGGCUAAAUGAGUUGAAUUUAUGAAUAUCUGCUUGGUGAAGAUGUUAGUAGUAAUAAAAUCUCAGUCACGGAGAAAGGGUGAAAGGACUGACAAGUAACACACUGAAGAAGAAUUACUACCCGGCUAUGCUCACAAUGCAGAAAAUGAUUUUUUUCUCAACAUGUGAGCAGGUACAAUUUCAAAUGCUGUGCCAUAUAAUUCAUACGUGAGUUGUAUUUAAAAGCUUAAAUCAGCAUUUUAUUAAUGUUCUGUAAAUCCUACUCUAUUCACAAAGGACAAAUGCCAAGUUGUUGGUACCUGUGGCAGUUUAAGGGAUACAGUGUUAGUACACAGGACACCUGAAACACCAGAACUGGGUGAGUGGUGUUUAGGAAGAUUGAGUGGAAUCAAAAGCACACAUAGUAGCUGAAACUAAAGGGAGAAGUGUUAGUUCACAAACAGAAGUGAAAUCGUUUCACUGGAUAGAUGCAGAAAUCUGGACUUGAACACAAGGGUCUCUGGGGUGGUGGGGCAAAGCCUACAGUGAAAUGGGUCUUUUUUAUUUAUAUAAACCUAAAAACAGACUUUGCAAUUUAAGACUAUGAUCACAAAAAGAUGUGAAAAUAUUCAGCUGUCAAACUGAGCAUGGUCAGUGGGUGAGAAACUCGGACUUCUCCCUGUGAUCUCAUUUCUUUCCUCGGUUAAAUGUUUUGACAUUACACAUGAAGUAAGGACUGUGGUGAUGGUGACAGACCUUGUCAAACCUCGCUGUAACAUUUGUCGACAAAUGAUACAAGACAACAUGAUUGUUGGAGAAAUAUAUCACAGCACUUUAGAAUGUAUGAAAAAUGUGUGUUUUUGUGCAUCGACAUAUACUGUUUUAACUGUUUAUCUGGCACUUUGUUUUCCUUAAACCUGCUUUAAUUUAUAUUUUUGAUAUUAACACUGAAUCAAAUGACUGUGUAAUGUAAACUGGUCAUUCAUUGUGCUGAAGUUAUGAAUCACCAAUCGCCACAGCUCUGUUGAGUUUUUGAGCCUCUUUGUUUUCAUUUCAUGUUUGAGUCUCGUUGUUUGGAUCGUUUCUUGUUGGCAAACAUUUCCAACCAUAAAGCUCUGAAAAACUGCACUGUACACCACCUACACAUCACCAACGGUAAAGUUACGGAGUGGUGGCUGAUGAAGUAGCAUUCUGGAGUUGGUGGGUAUUAAAUCAGAGCUAAAGAGACGAUAAAUAAUAACAUGGACUUCAUAUUAAUUGGAAACAGAACUAUAUGAAAAUGUGUCUAGGCAAAGGCAGAGUUUCAUAAAGGCAGUUUUAAGCUAUUUACUGUAGUUUGUUUCAAGGAGCAGUGGAUGGACAGGCCAUUGUCAACCUUUGUUAUUUCAAAAAGGUGUUUCCAAUGAGUCGCAGAUACAGUGGGCACACACAAACAGUGGACAGUCAUUAAUUAAAGAAAGCAAAUAAAUGUAUUUCCCAAAGCA